UAUUUCUAUUAUUUUAAUUAAUAAAACAAAAAUGUCCAAUCGAUCACAUUUUUUAUCAAGUAAAACAAUGAUUAGUUGAAUUAAUACUUCAAAAAAUUUAUAUACGUGACGAUGCAUUAUGUUGAAGUAAUAAAAAUAAGUGAAGUGUAGGGAUAGUUAUUAAUUCCUAAUUAUUAAUUAUUAAAAUAAAAAUAUUCUAAUUAUGAAUGUGAAUAAUAUAGUCCAAGUGUCGUUGUGGCAACAAACAAAACUUCACAUUCUUUGUUUUGUAUACGGAUUUUACUUAAUAUUAAAGUGUUUGGUAAAAUGGACAUGGCAUCGUAAAAACUUAUUUCGUUUGCAUCAGCGCGAUAAACCGCCGCCUUGUCUUGUCGACAAUAAUCUCGGUGAACAUUCUUACGUCAAAUUAAAGGGUAUAAAACUCCAUUAUGUAGAAACAGGAGAAAAGUUUCAACCAUUAUUAUUAUUACUGCACGGUUUUCCCGAUUGCUGGCUGUCUUGGCGAGAGCAAUUGCCAAUUUUAUCAGAGCACUACAGAGUGGUCGCUUUGGACUUGAAAGGGUUUGGUGACAGCGACAAACCGACCAGAAGGCGAUCAUACAGAAUAGAAGUUUUAAUUAACGAAUUAAGUCAAUUCAUCUCGACACUGGGAGUCGAUAAAUGCAGCAUAAUUGGGCACGAUCUUGGCGGUCUGCUCGGCUGGUUUAUGACGAUACUUCAUAGCGACAUAAUUGAUAAAUUUGUCGCUAUAUCUAGUCCACAUCCGAAUCUUUAUUGGGAUGAACUAUGCAAGAAUAAUUCUUUUUACAGAUGGAUGCACUUUAGUAGACUUCCUUUCCUACCAGAAAUAGAUGCUUUGAAGGAAGACUUGUCAAUAAUUAAUGACACUUAUAAACAUCUACAAAUAAAUAAAAAAAAUGAAAAAAAUUAUGUUGAAGCUUACAAAUAUGCUUUUAGUAGAAGAGAGGACUGGACCGGGCCGAUAAAUUACUACAGGAACCUACCAUUCAUUCGUGUAAAAUCGACAGAACCGCUUGUCAACCAAACUUUGUUGAUAGUAGGCAACUCAGACCCCUUCUUUUCUCUAGAGAGCAUCGUUCAUAGCUCAGAAUACACUUCAAAGUCCAACAUCAAAGUUAUCAAAGGCGCGCAACAUUUUCCACAUCAGGAAAAACCCGACAUGGUCAAUCAAGUAAUCCUGAACUUUCUGAUAGGACCUCCGGUACCAAGUGAGAAGACUAACGGCAAAAGCAUCGUUUCAACGUGGCUUGGUUCUUUGAGCAGCACUGUAAAGUAUGGAAACCAAAUGAUUGAUGCUGUUCACAAAAAAACUAAUGAUGUUGUUAGUCAUCUACCGCAUAAAGUACCCUAUCUUGGUCAUACAACUACCUAGCGAUCAAUACCACUCAAUUUUCUUAUUAAAUUUUUAUUUAUAGACUAAACUUCAUUGGUUGUUUAAAGGUACGCCGUGCAAGGAUUUAGUUUCAGAAAUUUUAAUUUUUUUUAAUAAAAUUUUGGGAAAAUUUUUAAGUCAGAAUAUAAAGUUUUAAUAUUGUAACUUUAUUUUAUUUGAUUUAAAAAUUUAUUUGAGAUGUAAUUAUAAAAAAAAAUAAAAUUUUUGGGAUUUGUUUAUUAUUACGGCCUAGUUUUAACGAAUCAAUGAAGAUGAUAAUGUAAAAUAAAAGACUUUUAUUAUGAUUUAAGCAAUUAUCCGCA